GGACGGGUUUGUAAACCCCGGAGCGAGGUCCUGCCUACCCCAGGCCGCUGCGGUGCGGAGACCCCGGGCGAAGCGCCGUCACCAUGUCUGACCAGGAGGCAAAACCUUCAACUGAGGGCUUGGGGGAUAAGAAGGAAGGAGAAUACAUUAAACUCAAAGUCAUUGGACAGGAUAGCAGUGAGAUUCACUUCAAAGUGAAAAUGACAACACAUCUCAAGAAACUCAAAGAAUCAUACUGUCAAAGACAGGGAGUUCCAAUGAAUUCACCCAGGUUUCUCUUUGAAGGUCAGAGAAUUGCUGAUAAUCACACUCCAAAAGAACUGGGAAUGGAGGAAGAAGAUGUGAUUGAAGUUUAUCAGGAACAAACAGGGGGUCAUUCAACAGUUUAGAUAUUCUUUUUAAUUUCUUUUCUUUUCCCUCAAUCCUUUUUUAUUUUUAAAAAUAGUUCUUUUGUAAUGUGGUGUUAAAACGGAAUUGAAAACUGAUACCCCCAUCUCUUUAAAACAUCUGGUAAUUUGAAUUCUAGUGCCCAUUAUUCAUUAUUGUUUGUUUUCAUUGUGCUGAUUUUUGGUGAUCAAAUGUCAGCCUCCUUCAUAUUGCCCUCUCCUUUUGAAAUAUUACGUGUGUGCACAGGGAGGCCACCUUUUCCAGGACUGCAUUUUCAGGCUUGUGAUAUAAAUAGAGUCGACCAAUGCAAGUGUUCAUAAUGACUUCUAAUUGGCCCUGAAGUUCUAGCAUGUGAUUGCUUCACUCCUGGACUAUGACUUUCAGUGGGAGGUGGAAGUUUUUCAGAGAACUCAACUGUGGAAAAAUGACCUUUUCUCAGCUUGAAGCUACUUUUAAAAUCUGAAGGUCUGGACCAAAAGAAGAGGAAUAUCAGGUUGGAGUCAAGAUGACCAAUGAGGUGAGAGUAAAGACUAACUCCAAAGAUGGCUUCACUGAAGAGAGAGCAUUUUAAGAAUAAAGAAAAAUCUUGUCAGAAGAUCCCAGAACAGUUUUAAUUUUCAUUAGCAGUUAAUAGAGUUAUUCAUGCAGAAGUGUGUGCAACAGAACACUGCUCUUUUUUAUUUUAUUUGUACUUUUUGGCCUGGGAUUUGGGUUUUAAAUGGACAUUAUCUGUACCAGCUUCAUUAAAAUAAACAAAAUGUUUGUAAAAAUCUUA